AUAUUCCACCUACCGUUCAUAUAUGUGUGUUUGUCAGCUGAGCUAAAGAGAAAGUGGGUCGAGUUAGCGGCGAAGUAUUUUUAGAAUGAUAUCUAUUUUAUUUGAAAACACAUACAAAGUGAAAGAUUGCAGCGUUGUUUUGGGCUGCUUCCCAUCUUGUAGACGAACAGAACCUAUAUGAAACUGGCAUUGGAGAGAUAUCGAGAAACGUUGAACCCGAGAGAGUGAUACAGCGCGAUGCUUAUGCCGUAAGGACCGUGUAUGGAAUGCCAUUGAUGUUUAAUCUUUAGAACGCGCAGACACACUCUGGCACUAUGGCGACACAAGAAGACAAUCUGGAAACUCCUGACCUUGAAAGCCCUAAGGAAGAAAAGUUCUUAACAGUGGAUGAAGAAUUGUUGCACUAUGCUCGCCAUGGGAUGGAUAGCAAGCUGAGUGAUCUGAUACAACGCUGUCAGCAAGAUGGGUUACCAUUAAACUUGAACUGUAAAGGUGAAAACAAGUCCAACCGUAGCUGGAGUCCUCUACACCUCGCUGCGUACUUUGGACAUGUGACCACUGUGAUAUUGUUAUUAAAAAAUGGUGCUGAAGUGAAUAUCAUGAACAAAGAGGGUGACACACCCCUUCACAAGGCAGCUUACACUGGGAGACUGGACAUAGUCCAUGUUCUACUCCAGUAUAACGCCAGUGUGAGUGUUGCCAAUGCUGAGGGUCACACUCCCAGACAGGUGUCCCAUAAACAAGACAUCAGAGAGAUGAUUGAAGCUGCAGAGAACACUGACAUCAGAAGAACGGAGGAAGAGUUCCUGACAGCAGCCAGAGAAGGGAAUGUGGACAAACUGGCCACUUUGCUCAAAGGACCCAACCCUCCAAACAUAGAGUGUACCGACAAGUUUGGCAACACAGCCCUGCACUGUGCCUCCUACCGCAGACAGAAAGAGGCUGCUGUCAUGCUGCUACAGAACGGGAUUAACCCUGCCAUUAAGAACAACCAAGGUCAGACAGCUGCUGAGAUGGCACGGACGGCGUCCAUGAGGCAAAUCCUGGAUGUCCAGCCAGUCAGGGACAUCCUGAGGGGGGUCCAGAGGUUUGAGGGGGCCCUGUUGAAGAGAUCUCGCCUGCGGGGUUGGAAGUCGAUAUGGGCUGUCUUGGAGAGGGGUGUUCUUACAUACUUCAAUAGCAGGGGAGAUGCUACCACAGGUGUGAAGAGAAAGGGUUUCAAGUAUUUGGAUAAUGCCAAAAUAAAGCCAGAAGAAAGAAGCCUGAUCUUCACCAUAGUAUUCUCAGACUCCACCAAGCAUACCCUGGCAGUGCAACCUGAGACCACAGAGGAAGCUUCUGUCAUACAACUACAUAAAUGGAUGAACAAUUUAGGCAGCCAUAUUGCCUACAGCACUCACUACAUCAACCAGGGUACCCAGAUAGUGGAUGAAGAUUUGGAAGAUCUAGUGCCUCUGGGAACCAUGGAGGAUGCUUUACAGACUGCCCAGGCUCACCAGAUGGCCCUAGAAAGGCACAUCACCAAUGCAGCGGACAUGUUAGAACAUGUCGAACGAUCAAAAGAUGGCGCCACCAGCAGUUUUGUACAGUCAGUUCCCUCACCCACAGCCAAACAUUCCAAGAGAGAUGCCAGACUCGGCACAGUCCAACAUGUCCAGCUCCUGUCACAGUUCCAGCAGAUAGGGACAGCCUCCAAAGACAUGUGCAAUGCCUUGACCCACUGUAUGACAUUGUUUAAACAGCAAGAGGAGAUAAUCGCUGACCAGAUGAACCCAACAGUAUCUAUAGAAAGAUCCCAGAACCCUGAGUUUCAAGAGUUUACAAGAAUCUACUCACCUCAUACCAGCAUCCCUGUGCAGUUUGAAAUAAUUUGUGAAACUCAGGGUGCAAGUGCCAGUUUGUCAUUUCUGCUGGAAUAA